UGUAACCAGUGAUUUUAACACAGUCAAAGUGAUACUCAUUUCUUUCUAUCCUUCUAUCCUUUCAACUCCGAGGACCAUUACCAGAAUGGAUCUGAUGGAGAUCGAUGACAGCAUACAUAGGAGGAAGAACCUCCUCCUUGUCACAAAAGUUGAUCUUCAAGGAAGAAAGCCCCUCUCCAGAUGUGCCUCUGUGUGUCUCGGAUUAAUGUGCACUCUCCUUUUUGCUGCAAACAUAGGACAGUUCCUCUACUAUUACAUGUUCAUCAAUCCCAUGUCAGAAGACCUGAUUCAGACUGCUCACAGCUCUGGAGAACAGUUCCAGGCCGCAUUGCGUAACGUGACAAAAGACAAAGAGCAACUGCAGCAAAGCUACAACACCGUAAAACAAGAGAAAGAUCAGCUACAGACAAACUACAAUGAUUUAGAAACAGUGAGAGAUGACCUGAGUAAAGAGAAAGACCAACUACAGCAAAGCUACAACACCCUUAAUCAAGAGAAAGAUCAGCUACAAACAAACUAUAACAGCGUUCAUAGCAAUCUGAACAACCUUCAGAGAGAAAAGAAUGACUUACAGACUCAGUUUAACACCAUGAGAACAAACAGAGACGAGUUACAGAGGAGUAAUGCUGCACUUAAGAGUGAAAAGGACCAGUUGCAAAGAAGCAAAGACAGCUUGCAAAGCCAAUUUAAUACUCUGCAGAGGGAGAAAGAUCAGCUCAGGAGUGAUUACACUAGUUUAACGACAGUGAAAGAUCAGCUAGAGAAGAAGGUUGAAAAAGUAAGAGGUGACCUGACUAAAGAGAAAGACCAACUGCAGCAAAGCUACAACGCCGUAAAACAAGAGAAAGAUCAGCUACAAACAAACUUUAACAGCGUUCAGAACAAUCUCAACAACCUUCAGAGAGAAAAGAAUGACUUACAGACUCAGUUUAACACCAUGAGAACAAACAGAGACGAGUUACAGAGGAGUAAUGCUGCACUGAAGAGUGGAAAGGACCAGUUGCAAAGCCAGUACAAUACUCUGCAGAGGGAGAAAGAUCAGCUACAAACAAACUUUAACAGCAUUCAGAACAAUCUCAACAACCUGCAGAGAGAAAAGAAUGACUUACAGACUCAGUUUAACACCAUGAGAACAAACAGAGACGAGUUACAGAGGAGUAAUGCUGCACUUAAGAGUGAAAAGGACCAGUUGCAAAGAAGCAAAGACAGCUUGCAAAGCCAAUUUAAUACUCUGCAGAGGGAGAAAGAUCAGCUGAGGACCAACUACAACAGUUUGACUCAAGUUAGAGAUCAGUUACAGCAGAGAGUCAAUGCACUAGACAAGCCCUGUCCGGCAGGCUGGAACAAGUUUGGUACCUGCACCUGUAUCUAUGUUUCAUCUCUAUCAAGAAGCUGGUCCUCAAGCAGAGACUUCUGUAUAUCACAAGGAGGUCACCUGGCAAUCUUAAACAACAACGACAAAAUGACAUUUGUCAACGGGUUGCUGAAAUCAGGAGUGGAAGCCUGGAUUGGUCUGACUGACAGCGUUACAGAGGGGACCUGGAAGUGGGUGGAUGGGUCCACUGCCACAACUGUAUUCUGGGGAUCCGGACAGCCAAACAGCUGGGGAGGAGACCAGGACUGUGUAGAAUUUACACAGCAUUUAAGUGGUGGACAUUGGAAUGAUGAAGGUUGUUCUACUGAGCAAAUCUGCAUCUGUGAAAAAUUCCUGUAACUUACACUUAAAGGGACAUUUCAGCAUUUUGAGGUCAGUUUGUAUGAUGUACUUGGCGAUAGAAGGGCCAUUAGCCUCCAGUGAUUUCAGUGAGCGUUGCCCUUUUAAACAGGAUGUGUUUGAUGAAGGUAGAGUAUACAGAACCACAGACGGAUAAAGCUGCUCUGCAUAAUUUAGCAAGUUUUACGAAAUAAUGGGCCAAAAACAAUGCUAGCUCAAUUGUAGGCUAUAUUGUAACCUUUGGAAUGAUUUCAUUUUUCAAAGAGCGAGCCUCUGGGCCAGAUCUACUAAGAUCCCAAGUUGCAUGUAUUAAUUUGCAAGCGCAAUCUAGAAUUUUGCGUUUGGCGUUGAACCGUGGUUUGCGGGUGAUUUAAGAGUGAUUGCCUAAAUGACCAGAGAUGCAAACGUGUUGGAGACAUGCCUAUUUAAAUGAGGGUUUAGCGUGUUUUAUGGUUUGCAGCAUGGCGAGUUCAGAGAGCCCAACGCGCAAAAUGAAAUUCCACCCUACAGAAUCAGAGGUGUUUGGUGGAUGAAGCCAAUAAAAACCUAAAUGAGCUACAGCAAAGAAGCCCUGUUUGGUUUCAUUCAAGGAGUCCCGAGUGCGUGGCAACCUAAUAAACCUGGCCAUCCAGUGCGAGUUUUGUCAUUUCAGGUUGUAACACUUAACUUUUUUCAAGAUAGCAUUAAACACACAUAAGGGGGAACUUUAAAGGAAAAUAGAAAACCUUUUAAAGUAAAGAAUAUAUCAAAAUGCAAUGAACAACAAUUCUGAAUGAACACAAUCAAUUAAGCGCCCCAGAGACCGUGAUAAAGUCAAAGCGUUUCAUAUUUAAUUACACCACCAUCAGAACGAAUGCGCACGUCGCGCGUACAGUUAAAUCAAAAGUAGGUCACAACAAAAAUAAUGAUUUGAUCACAGUCUUUAUAAAUUAAAAAUAAACUAAAAAGUCCCAAUCUAACGAAAGAGCAACCUCGUCCCUCUCCAAGCACCUUUAAGUGUUUUUUUUAGUCUUUUAAAGUCAGUGAUGCACGCAAACUCUAUGUAGUCUCUAAUCCAUGAGGAAACAAAGGAAAAACGCAAUCAAUCCACACAGCAAAACCCCCAAAAAACAAAAAUAAGCGAUUGAUUGCUAAUUACUGGUAUACCAAGUGAAAAGUAACAAAAAAGAAACGAUCUCACCAAGGUCCACUGCACAAUCCACCAGGGAAGUACUCCUUUACCUGCUCCCUGAUGCACGCUCCAGCCUCCGCGCAGAGAAUCCAGCUGGUACACUAUUUACUGUCUUCUGUCCUAACUGCCACUUACUUUUACUUUUCAGUCUUGUUUUCAACAUGUUCAGCUUGUUUGUUUUUAUUUUAUUUCAAGGCCCUAAUUUUCUAGGUCCACCUGCUCCUUUUCCCGGUUCUCUCCUUCUCCGCCUCUUCCUCCACGACACAUCCUCCUUAUAUUAUCUCUAGUGAUGGGUCAUGAGCAAAAGCAUUGAGAGCCGAUUCUUUGUAGUGAAUCAGAAGAGCUGGCUCACAUGGAGUGAGAGCCGGCUUCCAGUUUUUUUUUUUCCUUUCUCUGCUUAGCUCUCAUAGUGCUCAGCCCCAGCUUUGGUCAGAACUUUGUUUUGAUUGGCCAGCAUGGCAGCCAAUCACAUGUGAGGAUAAAGGAUUAUACCAUUAUGUGAAAACAGAGAGGGGGGUGGUGCUACUCGAUCCGUCCCAGAAACCCGAUUUCUACUGCACAUGUGCAAAAGCGUCUAUAUCCGCUCGGCAUUAAUUCUAACCCUAACCAGUGGAAUUAAAAUGCUAAACAUUAGAAUGGUUUUGUAACAGAAUAAAUGCAUAAAAUUAGGCAAUUAUAAGGCUUCUCAUAAAAACACUGAAUGCAAAAGCGUUUUCAACACACUAACCAUUAUUUUUUGCGAAAUUAAGGUAAAAUAUAGUGCUACAAAAGAUCCUAAAUAAAGAGCCGUUCGGGAGUCGAAAAAGCCGGCUCUUCUUUAGGAGCCAAGCCAAAAGAGUCAGCUCUCUGAAAAGAGACGAACUUCCCAUCACUAAUUGUUUCGUCUUGUUUUAUACAUUGUCUUGACUGGGCCGACGGAGAGGAGCAACAACGAUACAUGCUUUAAUGUCGGAGUCUCCAAAAGUCUCCAGUAACACCAGAGAAAGUCACUAGAUUUGUCACUAGUCGCUUUUUUGAAAAAGAAUCACUAGGGGGGUCUGAAAACUCGCUAAAUAUAGCGACAAAGUCGCUAAGUUGGCAACACUGCUUUGUGUGUGCUAAAAUAAUAUAUUUACAUUUUCUCUUCCCAGCACAAGCACAGUUGCGUGUAAAUGCCCCGUAUUGCAUAUUCAUUGCGGCGAAUGUAAUAAGUGGAUGCAGCCGCGCUAUUUUGCACCUUUGAAAGACGCAACCCUUAGUGCAAGCUGUUAGUAAAUCAGUUUGUACAUUUUUUUGCGUGUGCAAUGGGUUCGCACACGUUUUUAUACACGCAAACCUUUAGUAGAUCCGGCCCUCUGUGUUUGACAGCUGUGGGCUUUAUCAGAGAAAAAGCAAGCUCAAACUAGUUGUUUCAGCUCAGUUUUUCACCUCAACUUCUGACACAUUUUUUUUCAUAAGGUAAUAUAUCAUGCCAACCAUAGCUUAUCUAGUGUAGGAGUUGUAACUUUGCAAGUUACUGUGUCUUGAGGUUGUGGCUUAGCAAAGAGCACGGGGACAACUUCUGUAUUUCUUCUUGAACGCUUUAAUGGCUCACUUUAGCUUAGCAUAACAAACUUUUUCUCUCUUGUCCACCGGAACAGCCACUUCUCAUCAUUACACGUCUUAAAGCUGUAUCACUCUGCUAGCUGUUACCAGGAGCAACCUUAAAGGGAAAGUGUACCAUAUGAACUAGUACCUUUUACAUAUAGUAUUAAGCUCACACAAUGAAUAUAAUUCAAAUUAACCCUUACAUCAAUUGCUAUUAAUUACCUUACAUGGUAAUAAGAAAAACUUAAUAAAAUAAAACUUAGCCAAAAAUAAAUCUCAUCUUACACUAGUAAUCAGCCAUUAGGAUAAUAAAAUGAUAGCCAUAAACUUACUUGAAUGAAAGAUUUCCAGUCAGCUCCUCUGGUUGGGAUUAGUUUCACCAAUUAUAUUCAGAAAGUUGAAGAAAGUCUGUAAAACACCAACAUUUGGUAAGGCAGGGAACUCUGAAUGGAGAGUGAUGCAGUCUGCUAUCCUUGAUCAGAAAUUUCCUGAAGGAGUGUUGUGAAGUCCCAGUCAUGACAACUGUAGGGCUCUUGGGCUCAAAGUUUUCCCACCUACUCCAUCAGGUAACUUGGGAUCCCUCCGGCUAACCAGUCUCCACCUAAAUUUCUCUCUCUCUCUUUCUUUCCGCUUUCCUUAAAUCUCCAUCCGUAGGAGUUCCUCUGUGUCUUCUCGGGCUCAUAAAAGUAUACCCUCAAAUCCACAGCAACCAGCACGUCAUCAUCACUCAAGUCAAAAUGUUGUUUUAGCAUAGUCACUUCUUGUUUUCUCUGAUGAAGCCCACAGACACAGACCACUGAGGCGGGAGAGCAGGUAGCAGGUAACCAAAGCUUGCACCGGAAAUAGUACCAAACACAGAGGGUUUCUUAGUGAAAAAUUAUACACUUUCAAAACAUUUAAUAUCGUGUAUAAUUGAGCCAGGGUUGUUUUCUUUUGGCCUAAUUCCCUUAAAACUCGUGGAGCAACUGUACCUGCCUGUAAAGCCUAGUUUCCCCAAGUGCAUCAUGUUAGAAGGGGCACCGCUUUCUGAAAUCACUGCAGGCUAACUGCACCGCUAUCGCCAUGUAUCUUAUACAACCCAACUUCAAAAAUACCAAAAUCUCCCUUUAACCCACUCCAUAUUUACACAUCUCUAUCAAAAUAAUCACAUUCUAGCUUUUCGACAGAGAAAUUUGCUUUCCUUAUUUGUGGGUCAAUGACGUGGCGCAAGUUUUAAAGUUUCCGAAUGUUUAGAUAAUAUCUUAAAGGAGUGAAUAUAAUUAAGAUUCAUACUAAUCCCUUUCACUUAUUCCCCUUUUAUUGCCCUAGUCUAUAUUUUAAGGUUUCAAUCAACUUUGGAGGAAUAUUGGGGCAAUUUAUGCAAAAAUGUUAUUGUGGUGUAACUGAAAAAAAAUUGGUACCAAAAAAUUCAACUUUUUGAAAAAGGUGAAAAUCCCAACUAAAAACUCUAUAAACUAGUCAGGCAUAAUUUUACAUUAGUACUGUUGAAUAUUGAAUAGUUAUGAAUGUCUUGAACAAUUAUUGCUUUGUGUAUUUUUGAUGGUUUGGGGAAUCUUUCAAGUAUGGUUGACUUCCCAAAAUGUCAACGUGGUGUAAGAACCAUUCAAGGGGCCUUUUUGCUUAUCAUUUUUUUGAGUCUCUCAAAUUAACCUCCAACAGAAAAUCCUUGUCAACAAUCUCAAUUUAUACAGAAUUGUUUUGUAACUUAGUUUUUUUCUUCUUCUUUCUUAUCCAAGUGUUUAAUGUUUUGUAUAUUUCCUCAAUCUUUGUUAAUAUUUUGAAUUCUUUCCUCAUGUUAUAUGUUAUAAUGUGUAUUGGCAUGUCUGUUUUUGUAAUUAAAUUGUGUCAAUAAAUAAAAAUAAAAUGAAAUA